ACAAUUUUCUAGAUACAUUGAGACAUUCUCAAGAGCGCGCCUCUCUCUCUCUCUCUCUCUCUCUCUCUCUCUCUCAGUCCCUAUGCGCGUGUGAGAGAUAUAGCGGAGGAUAUGCUUCCGGCAUCUCCGUCUUAUCCCACUCAGACUCGGUGCACUCACUUCAUCUCUCGAAAUUCCUCCCUCUCUCUCUCUCUCGUGAAUGAAGAAUGGCGCUGAACUUAACUCCCAUUACGCUGCGCAACCAGCUCUUCCUCUUCUCCUUCAACUCCAAAUCUUCUCGUAAUUCUCGCCUUUCCUUCAACUCCAACUAUUACCACUCCUUCCACCUCCCUAAACCUCUCUUUCCUUUUUCUUCUUCGCCGUAUUCACCUUCGUCAUGGCUCUGUCAUAUCCCGCGUGUCACCACCGCCCCGGUUGAGUACGCGCCUCCAGCUCCCGACUUCGAUUUCUCCCAAGAAAUCGCUCGCCUAAAUAUCCUCCGGUCCAGGCUCUCCGACUCGACGAACCUCAACGAGAAGCACUCGGUGGUUGACAAAGACGCCACAGUCAAACAAUUCUUCUGUACGAACCAGAACGACGGGUUCUCUACUGUUUUGGCGUCACUCAAUUUGGACUCCUAUGAGUUGUUUCUAGUGAAGUGCUUGGUCGCGGCAGGGCAGGAGCACGUCCUCAGUUUCGGGUCUCAACCGGUCCAGAGCGAGUCGGAGUUGGCACGGAGCUCGUUGAAGAGCGCGCUUUAUGCGCUUGUGGAGAUGAUUGACAAAUUAGACGUGGACAGGGUUGGUGGUAAUGGCGGUGUGGAUAUAAAGAUUAGUUUCGCUUUGAAUCAUGAAGAAAUUGAAGCAAUUAAGAAGCUCCUGAAGACUCUCGGGGAGAUUGAACAGUUCUAUGAUUGCAUUGGAGGAAUUAUUGGAUAUCAGAUCACAGUGCUGGAACUUCUAGCCCGAGAAACAUGUAAUAGGCAGGCUACAAACUGGUCCCAGACCAGAACUGAGUCAAAGGAAUGCCAAUUCUUGGAUAUUCAUGCUCCUAGUGGACUUGACCUUUCUCAGAGUACGGAAUAUGCAUCUCAAGCAGCUAUAUGGGGAAUUGAGGGUUUGUCAGACCUAGGUGAAAUUUACCCCUUGGGAGGCUCUGCGGACAGGCUUGGCUUGGUUGAUCCUGACACAGGUGAAUGUCUUCCUGCUGCAAUGCUUCCUUAUUGUGGGAGGACUUUAUUGGAAGGUCUUAUAAGAGAUCUUCAGGCUAGAGAGUUCUUGUACUUCAAGUUGUAUGGAAAACAAUGCAUCACCCCGGUUGCAAUGAUGACAAGUUCUGCCAAGAACAACCAUGAACGCAUAACUUCUCUUUGUGAAAGACUUGGAUGGUUUGGAAGAGGCCGAUCAAGCUUUAAACUCUUUGAACAGCCACUUGUUCCUACUGUUAGUGCGGAGGAUGGGCAAUGGUUGGUUGCCAAACCAUUCGUGCCUGUGUGCAAACCUGGUGGUCAUGGUGUAUUAUGGAAGCUUGCUUAUGACAAAGGCAUCUUCAAAUGGUUUUAUGAACAUGGAAGAAAAGGUGCUACUGUCCGACAAGUCAGUAAUGUGGUCGCUGCUACAGAUUUGACACUUUUGGCAUUGGCGGGAAUUGGUUUGCACCAUGGAAAGAAGCUGGGGUUCGCUUCAUGUGAGCGGCAGUUGGGAGCGACGGAAGGAAUUAAUGUCCUAAUUGAGAAGAAAAAUCUUGAUGGGAGGUGGACCUAUGGUUUGUCAUGCAUUGAGUACACAGAGUUUGACAAAUUUGGAAUCACAAAUGGGCCUCUUUCUCCUGAAAGUUUGCAGGCAAGAUUUCCUGCCAAUACAAACAUCUUAUACGUGGAUUUACAUUCUGCGGAGUUGGUUGGAUCAAGUGAAAAUGAAAAUAGCUUACCAGGCAUGGUGCUGAAUAUAAAAAAGCCAGUUGUAUAUGUUGAUCAUUUUGGAAAACAGCAGAGUGUCUAUGGCGGUAGGCUGGAAUGCACAAUGCAAAAUAUUGCAGACAGCUUUUUCAGUACAAGCUCAUCCCCUUUUUAUGGUAGAGUGGAAGAUAAUCUGGAUACGUUUAUUGUGUAUAAUGAACGAAGACGGGUUACAUCAUCUGCUAAGAGGAAAAGAAAACAUGCAGACAAGUCUUUACACCAGACUCCAGAUGGUUCACUUUUGGAUAUACUACGAAAUGCCCACAACCUUCUUUCCAACUGUGAUAUUCGGCUUCCUGAGAUUAAAGGUAAUGAUGUAUAUGUUGAUUCUGGACCACCCUUUCUCCUCCUCCUGCACCCUGCUCUUGGGCCACUUUGGGAGGUCACAAGACAAAAAUUUCAUGGAGGUUCCAUAUCCAAGGGUUCUGAGCUACAAAUAGAGGUUGCAGAGUUUUUGUGGAGGAAUGUUCAGCUUGAUGGAAGUCUGAUCAUUAUGGCUGAACAUGUUAUGGGCUCGGUGAGGAUUGAUGAAAAUGAUGAACCUAUCCUACAGUAUGGGCAGAGGUGUGGAAGGUGUAAAUUACAGAAUGUAAAGGUACUAAAUAAGGGGAUCGACUGGAAUUCAGGAAACAAUGUAUACUGGAAGCAUGAUGUGCAGCGGCUUGAGACUUUUAAGGUCAUACUGUAUGGAAAUGCUGAGUUUGAGGCGACUGAUGUUGUCUUAGAGGGAAAUCAUGUAUUUGAAGUUCCAAAUGGCUACAAAAUGAAGAUUGAACCAGGAAGACCAGGGUUAUCUGUCCAGCUCGAUCCUAUUGAACCGAGUAUUAUGGAUAGUGGAAGUUGGUUCUGGAACUACCAGAUAAAAGGCUCGCACAUUCAGCUGGAAUUGGUAGAGUUAUAAAUUACUAACCAGUACUUUAAUUACCAACAUCAGGUGAAUCUUGAUUCACAGAUGGUCUUAGAUUGCACGCCCAUAAUAUCAACCAGUUCGGAUUUGAUUGGCUGAACAGAAGUUAAGCCAUCAUCCCCACUGUCAUAUUUCUUGUAGUGGUAUAGCAUUAGAGUCCUAAGAAAUCCGUAGGUUUCCGGCUGCUGCUCUCGUAACUCUGUAAAAGGGAAACAAAAAAUUAAUUAAUUUUUCUUGUUGGAGCUACUCAUGUCAUUCAUGUAAAAAAACAUGAGUUCAAUCAAUGGAAGUUAUAUUUGUGUCUUCA